AUGGAGCCAGCAAACAUUUCUCUGUUUCGCCUAGACGCACUGCCCGAAGACAUGUUGCGUGUCAUCGUCUCUAAGGUUGGUGCUACCUCAUCCACCGAUUACGGCAACACCCUCCUUACUUGCAAGAGUCUCAACUUCAACCUUGAUGAUCCCUUGAUUGCCAAGGUUCUCAGCCUAGGACCUUUGGUGAAGAAGCCUCAUCUAGCCGACAGGUAUAGAAAAAUGAUGGAUAGUCUUUUGGGAGCCAACAACGUAGACGCUCACUACGUUAAGGGUAUUAGUGAAUACUUUCGUUUUGGGAAUCACUUCUUAGGCCUGCAUCACCUACGUCUUGCCUCUAAGGGGAACCACAAGGAAGCUAGAUACCUCUAUGGUGUUCUCUCAUGGCCUUGGGCAUGA